CUGUGAGUGUGUGUGUGUCUGUGUGUGUGUCUGUGUGUGUGUGUGAGUGUGUGCCUGUGUGUGUGUGUGUGUGUGUGUGCGGUGAGAGUGACACAAGCUUAUAAUCUGUUAAUAGACUUAGAGUGUUAACUGAUGUGAGAGAAGCUCCUGCUCUGGAGGAAAACAAAACACACACACACACACACACACGCACACACACACCGCCAGGCAGGACGACAGAGUGUGUGUCCGUCCACCUGUCGACCUGUCUGUCUGUCAGCAGGCGGGGUGUAUUCGGUGGUUAGAGACAGACAGGUGUGUGUCCUGAGGUAGACUCCCCUGAGGGCCGCUCUACAAGACGGGACAGUCCUCGGAGACGACCCACAAUCCCACAGGCCGGUUGCCAUGGACGACCUGGUGCAGCACCUGUCCAGGUGUCAGGACCUGGGAUGGAUGAAUGUGAUUGAGUUGAGGAGCGCAUCCAUCCAUUGGCUGUCGUGUGGCCGGAGGGCGGGGCCUUCUGUCUGGACCAGGAAGUUCUGCAUCCUGUCUGAUUCACAGCUGCUGCUGCUGGACAACCUGGAGGUACAGGUUCAUCCUCUGCUUCUGGCAGAGAGGAGGGCGGAGUCGUGUACCGUCUGGUUGCUUAGAUACACCCUCCGUAUGACAUCAUCAUCUGCUGACCCCGCCCACAAAUGUGCUCCAGAGAAGGCAGCACGCAGACAGAGCAUGCCCAGUAGCUCCGCCCUGGACACACCCACCUCCAGAGUCACGGGUUUUCUGUCCCGCAGGUUGAAGCAGUCUCUUCGUCGCACUCACUCCCAGCCCAAACUGUCCCGUCAGAGCAGCUUGAGGACCGAGCUGCUCAACGCUGCAGACAGCAGGUGUGUGAUGCGCCGGCUGCGUUGUGGUAGCCAGGAGUCGUUGCUGAGCGCUGGGUGUGUGUCGUCGCUGGACCUCAGGAUGGACCAGUCAGUCAUCAUCAAACCAGUUCACUCGUCCCUGCUGGGACAGGACUACUGCUUCGAGGUAACAACCUCCACAGGGACCAAGUGCUUCUCGUGCCGCUCGGCGGCAGAGCGAGACAAGUGGAUGGAGAACCUGAGACGAGCCGUCCAUCCCAACAAGGACAACAGCCGGCGGCUGGAGAACGUCCUGACCGUCUGGGUCGUCGAGGCCAAAGAUCUGCCCGCCAAGAAGAGGUAUUUCUGCGAGCUGUGUCUGGACGACAGCCUCUACGCCCGGACGUCCUGCAAGCUCAAGACAGACAACAUCUUCUGGGGCGAGCGCUUCGACUUCUGCAGCCUGCCGUCCAUCUCCUCCAUGACCUUUCACCUCUACAAAGACACGGACAGGAAGAGGAAGAAGGACAAGAGCAGCUACGUGGGCCUGGUCAACAUCCCUGUUGCCACGGUGACGGGCCGGCAGCUGGUGGAGAAGUGGUACUCAGUGAGCACGCCCAGCACCAGCCGAGGGAAGUCGUCGGGCCCCUCGGUGCGGAUCAAGGCUCGGUACCAGAGCAUCGUCAUCCUGCCCAUGGAGCAGUACAAGGAGUUCGCCGAGUACAUCAGCUCCAACUACCUGCUGCUCUGCAACACGCUGGAAGCCUCCAUCAGCCUGAGGGCCAAGGAGGAGCUGGCCGCCGCGCUCGUCCACAUCCUGCACAGCACCGGCAAGGCCAAGGACUUCCUGACAGACUUGAUGAUGUCAGAGGUGGACCGCUGCCGUGACAACGACCAGCUGAUCUUCAGGGAAAACACUCUGGCAACGAAAAGCAUCGAAGAAUAUAUGAAGCUGAUCGGACAGAAAUACCUGCAGGAUGCCCUGGGGGAGUUCAUCAAGGCGCUGUACGAGUCAGAUGAGAACUGUGAGGUGGAUCCGUCUCGCUGUGCGACCUCUGACCUCCAGGAGCAUCAGGCCAACCUGAGGAUGUGCUGCGAGCUCGCCUUCUGCAAGAUCCUGGACUCAUACAGGGUGUUUCCUCGGGAGCUGAAGGAGGUGUUCGCCUCGUGGCGGCAGGAGUGCGGUAACCGUGGGCGACCUGACAUCAGCGAGCGGCUCAUCAGCGCCUCCCUGUUCCUGCGCUUCCUGUGUCCGGCCGUCAUGUCGCCCUCGCUCUUCGACCUCACGCAGGAAUAUCCGGACGAGCGCACGGCGCGAACUCUGACCCUCAUCGCCAAGGUGACGCAGAACCUCGCCAACUUCAGCAAGUUUGGCACUAAGGAGGAGUACAUGCUGUUCAUGAACGACUUCGUGGAGCGGCAGUGGAGCAGCAUGCAGCGUUUCCUGCAGGAGAUCUCCAACCCCGACGGCCUGAACCACACGGCCGGCUUCGACGGCUACAUCGACCUGGGCAGGGAGCUGUCUGUCCUACACACACUGCUGACCGAGCUGGACCAGUCCUGUCUGUCUAAGCUAGGUCCUCUGCCUCGUAUCCUGAGGGAAGUGUCCGCCGCGCUGGCCAACCCAGGGGGCGUGGCCAACCCGGGAGGUACAGCUCAAGGGGGUGUGGCCAUCUCCUCCCCAGAGCCUCAGCGCGUGAUGUCUCCGCCCCCGCUGUCUCCGCCCCCUCUGUCUCCGCCCCUGUCCCCCCCACUGGCGGCCUGCAAUCUGUCCACCGGCCUGCAGGGCAGCGUGGGACUGGACGGCGGUCUGGUGGAUUUUACCAGGCUUCCCUCUCCGACCCCAGAGAACAAAGACUUGUUCUUCGUCACUAAAGGAUCCAGUCUGCAGCCUGCAGCAGGCCUGCAGGGCUCUCCGGCUCCAAGCUCCUCCUACUCUGAGACCAAUGACAAUGAGGCGGGGCCUGAACUGACCAAUGGCAGUAGGAGGGAGGGGCCAGAGCUGACCAGUGAGAACCGGAGUCUGUCUCUGGUCGACCUGCAGGACUCCUCCCCCAGCGACGGGCUCGACGACAGCCAAUGGCAGCGCAGAACCGGGCUCCUGCCGCUCUCCUUCCAAAAUCCCGUCUAUCACAUGACCACCACAUCGCCACGGCAACCCCCACAGACAGACGCCACGCCCUCUGACGGCUCUGUGGGCUCGCAGGGAAAUCAGGACGACAGGAACGCCAUGGCGACCAAACCGGCUUUCCUGACCCAGAUGUCGGUGGGGCUGGGCGGCGGCGAGCGGGGCGAGCGAGGCGAGCGAGGCGACCGCAUGUCGGCGUUGUCCAGCAGCAGCAGCGGCGAGGAGUAUUCCAGGAGGGCGCUGUCGCUAACGGAAACGCAGCCAGGAGGCUCCGCCCCCCCUCGUCAGAGCUUGUCGGGCCCUCAGCGGCGCAUCGACCAGCCGCCGCCCCCUUCCUCUGCCCCCCCCGGACCCCCUCGUGGCCGGACACCUCCCAGCAUGCUCAGCGGAAGUGGCUCCGCCUACCCUCCUCGCCCCGCCUCUGGCAGCAUGAUGUCAUCAAGUCCUGAUUGGCCCAGCAGCAGCCAAUCACGGCUCAGACAGACAUCGUCGUCAUCCAAAGGAGACAGCCCUGAGAAACAGCGACCUGUUACCAAGGCUCCCUCUCCAGUGAACCCCUGUGCGUUGGACCGGACGGCGGCCUGGCUGCUCAACAUGAACUCUGCUGUUUCCUACGGCGAGACGGAGGACGAUCGUCAUGACGACGCCAUCACCGAGAAGUACCAGCAGGAGAUCGCCAUGCUGCAGGAGCGGUUGCGAGUUGCGGCGCUGCGGCAGGAGGAGUGUGAGGCCCGUCUGCUGGUCCAGGACCAGCAGAACCAGCGCAUGUUACAGGAGUACCAGGCUCGGCUGGAAGACACAGAGAGCCGGCUGAGAAGACUGCAGGAUGACAAAGACCUCCAGAUGAACAGCAUCAUCAGCAGGUUGAUGACAGUGGAGGAGGAGCUGAAGAAAGAUCACUCUGACAUGCAGGCCGUGGUCGAUUCCAAACAGAAGAUCAUAGAGGCACAGGAAAAGAGGAUUGCCAGUCUUGAUGCAGCUAACAGUCGUCUGAUGGCGGCUCUCACUCAGCUGAAGGAACGCUACGCUGUGACAUCACAGCGCAACGGCUUGUCGCCUAGCAACACCUCUUCCCUGCAGAUUACCGAAAACGGAGAGUUCCGUAACUCUGGCAACUGCUGAGCAUCUGGCAUUCUGAUUGGACAGCUCAAGAUCUGAUUGAAGGGAAGGGGCGUGUCUGCAUGAGAAAACCUGAUUGGCUGACAGGCAGCAGGAGACGGGGCUAGCUGACAGGGCACAUCUUAUUACCAACCAGUCAACACUGUCUAGUUACCUAGUUACCAUGGAGCUAUCAAUCAACCGUCACUCCCCCAAAACUGUUACUAUGGCAACCCAGUAGAAUUCUAGAAGGAUAUUACCACUGAGCCCACCCCCUUUUUACUCUGUUGCUAGGUUACCUUCAUCCAUCAUCAGGUGUGACUGAGGGUUGCAGUGGUUACCAGUAGGUUUCCAUGGUUACCAGUGACUAGUUUUUUUUCUGUGCAUGUUUCCUCUCUGAGCAUCCCAAGUAGAACUGAACAAUGACAUCACAUCACUGUUUCUAUGUCGUACUUCCUGUUAGAAAGUGGAGCAAAGAAAUUUUAACAGACCAGAACUCUGUUUCCUCUUCCCCACCUGGAACAACUGUCUGUUUACGGACCGACCGCACCUGUUUACGGACCGACCGCACCUGUUUACGGACUAGGUGUGUCUGUUUAUGGGAAAUCUUUGCAUCUAGCCAAAGCGACAGUCUGUGGUGUUCCAAAAAUCCAGAGGUGCACAGCUCUGGGCGGAGCCUCCCAGCCAGUCUGUAGCCUGGCACAGCCACACAGCCUGGGCUGCCAGAUUAAAGCCGUUUGGAAAAGGGACAGCAGCAACAGGUGUUUGCAUAAAUACACAGCAGGUGAUGGGAUCAGUCAUCAGUCAGAGCUGUCCAUUCAAACCGAUGUCAUACGACACAAUAUGGGGGCUACAGAAACAACAGCGACUGUCACAGUGAAAGUGAGCAGCGUAUUGCCAGCUUGCUAGCUUGUUAGCAUGCUGCUACAUGACUGUUGCCGUUUCUGUGAAGAAAACCUGCACUGAUGUCCUGUGUUGUUUCUGUUUCCCAGCUCAGUGACUGUAGCUUCUGAUGCUGUCAUCACCUGAAUCACACCUGUGGGCCCUCAGAGGGCAGGGCUGGGCCGACCAUUUUUCGGUAGGAAGUCAAACCCUUGUGUUGAAGAGUGGCCAGACUCGUUUCAUGAGUAAAAAUAAGGUGAAGAGGAGGCUGUGCCAGGCUGCACCAGGACUCACUCUGUCACCCUGCCUGGAUAUGGACUGUAAACGGCUCUGGUCCAACUGGACCAACUGGUCCAACUGGACCAACUCGGCUCUAACUGGACCAACUGGACUAACUCUGAUCUAACUGGACUAACUAACUGGAGUAACUAGUCUAACUGGACUAACUAACUGGAGUAACUGGUCUAACUGGACUAACUCUGAUCUAACUGGACUAACUAACUGGACUAACUGGACUAACUAACUGGACUAACUGGACUAACUAACUGGAGUAACUGGUCUAACUGGACUAACUCUGGCCUAACUGGAAUAACUAACUGGACUAACUGGUCUAACUGGACUAACUCUGAUCUAACUGGACUAACUACGUGGACUAACGGUCUAACUGGACUAACUCUGGCCUAACUGGAAUAACUCUGGUCUAACUGGACUAAC